AAAACCAACCCACAUCCUCCUCCCAAACCCAGCAAUGUCUCUCCUCCAAUCUCUCAAACUCACCACCCCAUUCCUCCAUGGCUCCAGCAACCUCUCUCUCCUCUCCAAACCUUCCUCCACCUCCCUCGCCUCGCCACCACUCCCACCCACUUUUCUCCCCCCAAUCCGUGCUAUGAAGUCCAUGCAGGGCCGAGUUGUUUGCGCCACCAGUGAUAAGACUGUGGCUGUGGAGGUGGUCAGACUUGCGCCACACCCAAAGUACAAGAGGAGAGUGAGGAAGAAGAAGAAGUACCAGGCACAUGACCCAGACAACCAGUUCAAAGUUGGGGACGUUGUGCAGCUCGAAAAGAGCAGACCCAUUAGCAAGACUAAGACUUUUGUUGCAAUUCCAGUUCCAAACAGGAACAGGGCCAAGAGCCAAGAGGCAGCGGCGGGAGAGCUUGAGAUUCCAUUGGAGUCUCAGCAGGCUUAGUAUGCUUUUGUUUUGUUUUGCCGUGGAUGCAUUCGAAGUGGGAUUUUGUUGUUAUUGUGUUUAAAUUUGUGUACUGAAUUGGGUUGAACUGAGAUUAUGAAUUUGGAAUUUGGUUUUACAAUAAUGCUUCAAUUUUAGCUUUGAA